AUGGAUAGCCCAGAGCCCUACUCUGUGCAGGCCACGGCAGCCAUCGCAGCUGUCAUCACCUUUCUCAUCCUUUUCACCAUCUUUGGCAAUGCCCUAGUCAUCCUGGCCGUGUUGACUAGCCGAUCCCUUCGAGCCCCACAGAACUUGUUCCUGGUUUCCCUGGCUGCAGCUGACAUCUUGGUGGCCACCCUCAUCAUACCCUUCUCAUUGGCCAAUGAACUGCUGGGAUACUGGUACUUCCGACACACCUGGUGUGAGGUCUACCUGGCCUUAGAUGUCCUUUUCUGCACCUCCUCUAUCGUGCACCUGUGUGCCAUCAGCCUGGACCGAUACUGGUCAGUGAGCCGUGCCCUGGAGUACAACUCCAAGAGGACCCCCCGAAGGAUUAAGGGCAUUAUUCUCACUGUCUGGCUUAUUGCUGCCUUUAUCUCGCUGCCCCCACUCAUCUACAAGGGAGACAAGGGCAAGAAACCAGGAGGUCGGCCCCAGUGUAAGCUUAAUGAAGAGGCCUGGUACAUCCUUUCCUCCAGCAUUGGCUCCUUCUUUGCACCCUGCCUUAUCAUGAUCCUGGUCUACUUGCGGAUCUACCUGAUUGCCAAGCGGCGUAACCGCCAGGGGCCCCAGGGCAAGCAGGCCCCUGGUGAUGGAGACACUGGGCCAUCUGCCCCCGUUGGUACAUCUACAAUAUCUAAGCUUCCACCCUCCAUUCUCCCAGCUGUGGGUGAGGCCAAUGGACAUUCCAAGCCUCCUGGAGAGAGAGAGGGAGGGGAACAGAUCGGAGAUCCCACGUCACCUUCCACACCUCCCAACCAGAGCUCUGUGGGGCCAGAGGAUGGCAGUCAGAAGCAAGAGGAGGAAGAGGAAGAAGAGGAAGAAGAGGAAGAAGAAUGUGGGCCUCCAGCCCCUCCAACUUCCUCUUCUCCCCAAGGAACCCCAAACUUUCAGCCUCCGCAGGGUUCCCAGGUGUUAGCCACACUCAGGGGCCAGGUACUAUUGGCCCGAGGACCUGCCUCUCUGGGGCUACAGCCAUGGAGGCGUAGGACCCAGAUGAACCGCGAAAAACGCUUCACCUUUGUGCUGGCCGUGGUGAUUGGGGUCUUUGUCCUCUGCUGGUUCCCCUUCUUCUUCAGCUAUAGCCUGGGAGCCAUCUGCCCCCAGCACUGUAAGGUCCCUCAUGGCCUUUUUCAGUUUUUCUUCUGGAUUGGCUACUGCAACAGUUCUCUCAACCCUGUCAUCUAUACCAUUUUCAACCAGGAUUUUCGCAGGGCCUUCCGAAGGAUCCUUUGUCGCCAAUGGACUCAGACAGCUUGGUGAAUUGGGGGGCCCAGUUAGCAUCCUUGAACCUGCCCUAUUUUAUCUAGCGGAGCCAUCAGGCUGGGUAGCUCCCAGUGGCCUUCUUUUCCCUCUGCCUGGUACCCUUUUGUCGAUCUGCUGGGGAGUCUGCUGAGAGGAGAGUGUUAUGUGUGUAUGUGUGAGUGUGUGCUUGUGAGUAUGUAUGUGAAUGUGUCCUGGACCAUAUUUAAUUUUUCCAGAACUUGGUGUGAUGGAGCAUUUGCUUUCCUCCAUGUGCAGAGGGUGAGGCAGAGUGAGAUCCGGAUCAGAGGCCAAAUCCUGGGGAAAAUCUCACAAUGGAAGAGAGAUGGCUUCUUUCCUCAGCCCUGCAGUCCUAAAUCAAACUGGGUACCUUUCCCUUCUCAGGGAACGUGGCUUCCCCAGUCAGCCUUGCCUGAGUUCCCUGGGAGGGCGUUUACCUGGGAAUAUUUCCAAAGAGCAGGAAGGCGAGACUUGAACAUUUCCAGGGACAGCAAGUAUCUGAGGUAGUGGCGGAGCCAGAUCCUCCCUCUCUGACAGUUCCACUGCCCUGCAGGGCUCUGUGAAUUGGUGGUGAUUUUGUAUCCUGGCGCUUCCCUUUUUUCCACCCUUCCUUUGGUUUGGGGCUCCUUUUCAGGAGAGCCUGUGCUUUGUUCCUUCCCUGUGGGAGUCAGCAUGCCCUGCCUCUGCUUCACCCAGUGAGCCUGGAUCACAGGCACUUCCCAUCUCGGUGCCUCAGUCUCCCCCCUCUGCAAAAACCAGGGCAACAAUAGCUCGCCGCCUACUCGAAGCAAGAAGAUGAAAGGGUUUGCAAAAAGCUUUGAGCUCCGUGGGGGAACAUGCUAGAGAAAUAGAGAAAUAGAAAAUGUGAUUAUCCGGUGAUAUAAAAAUCUCCUUUUCUCUAUGUUUACCACCACCUGUCUUCCUAUGGAAUUUAGUUCUGUGCCUGUGUUGUAUGAAUUCCUACCCCAAACCUGGAAGCCGAGAGAAAUCGAGAAGAGAGAGCUGUUCCUUCUUUUAAAGGGUUUCAUUGAAAAUGUGCUCUUCUUGCCUCCAAAGGUUUGAGUUAUUAUUUUGCAUGACAACUUCUUGACAUUUCACCUGAGCACCUAAGAGUUUCUUCUGCUGCCUUCUGUCCCCCGACACUGGAUAAAUCUUUUGUCAUCAGCCAGGCAAAUUAUUUCCCCCAAGAUGGCUAAAAAUACCCACUCUGUGGGAACAAGCUGAGAGGGAUGGAUGAUAGAUGGGUGUUAGAGAUUUCAGGGAAAUGGGGGCUGUGCACUGGACUGGGUUGCUGUUGUCAGAGCAGGUGAGGGGAGCUCUGUAGUUCUUGUGGAAGUACUAAGGAAGUCGGGUUCCUGGAGCCCAGGAUGCCCUGGCCCUAGGAGACUAACCAUUUUGACCUCAGGGGGGUACAGUGGGAUCAGCAUCAUUAGAGAGUGAGCCUUGUGGUUCCAUACCUCUGUGACUGGGGAGUCUUAGAGCAGCUUCUCUUCUGGCUCUCUCCCAGUCUCUGAACGUGGUGUCUGCUACAACUGAGAGUAUCUGAAUGAUAUCCCCAGUGCCUCCCAGGGGAGUGUCUGGCUAUCUGCUCUGAUACACAACUCCUGUAGUAAUGGACAAUUGGAGCCCACUUGGCUACUGGUUUCCUAGGUGGGUGUGGCUGGGUCUGUAGGUCUGGCUACUUUCUAGGACUUCUGUGGCCCCGACCUCAGACUGGUGACCCCAGGGAGCUUUGGUUUUGGGGAAGACAAGAGUGGAAGUGAGGAGGGUCCCUGGCUUAGCAGGCAGGGGUAAAGGGGAGGCUAGAUGACUUGGCAGCACCAAGAUCAGAGCAUGUCCUCUUUGGGAGGAGGGACAGACUGGGCUUGACUGUAGCAGUCAGCAGGAAGGUGAGAAACGUUUUCAGGGUACAGACAUGACCACCACUGGGGAGCCAGGGACUGUGGGAGGGGACAGCCAGGCAACCUAUGUUUUCUGGUCUUGUUAUUUGUGCCUCAUGGCAUUCUCCUGUUUUGUACUGACCCAGCAACGCCGCAUGCAGGUGUUUCUAAGAAGUCUGAGCUUUUUUUUUUUUUUUUUUAAACAAUAAAGGAUAUUUUUUAAUAAGGAAGUUGUGUGCUCAAUGUCCAGGAAACUGCUAGGAGACUAUUAUUCUCAUUCUUCUUCAGCUCCUAGCUCUAAAGU